AUGGGGCUUGGAGUGAUGAUGGUAAAAUGUUUCUUACUUUUUGUAGUUUUUCAUUUUGCAUGGAUUGCUCUUGGAGAUGAGGUAGCAAUAACAAGCUCGACUGAGUUCUUAAAGGUGUGCCUAGAACGGACACUAGAGGGAGCUGUGAAAGCCAAGAGCGACACGUACUCACUCGGGUCACAGUUUGAUUCGAAGGGAGCGUGGAAGAACUGCAUGGAUCUGUACGACGAGACCAUCUACAGGCUCAACCAGUCCAUCUUGUCGUGUCUAACGAAAGCGUGCUCUGGAUCGGACGUGCAGACUUGGCUAAGCACGGCGUUGACGAACCUGGACACGUGUCGGGAAGGGAUGGGUGUCUCAUCUGAGUCCUUACAAUCGGUGUUACAGAGCAUCACCAUUGAUGUUAUUAACGCCUUGGCCAUUAUCAAGAGGUUGAAACAGGGGAUGAAAACAAAGGAGAAGUAUUUUGGGGUAUUAAAACAAGGAGCAAUAGAAUCGCCGACUAAUGGUGGAAGGGUGGAUGCAGUAGUAGCCCUAGACGGCUCAGGCGACUACAAGACGAUCCAAAAAGCGAUUGAUGGUGCGGGAAUUAAGAGAACCAAUAGAAGCCGUAGGUACGUCAUUCUUGUAAAGCAAGGCGUUUACAAGGAAUAUGUGAUUGUCGGAAGCAAAUCCAAUAACCUGAUGAUCAUCGGCGAGGGUAUGGGCAAGACCAUAAUCACCGGCGACAGAAGUAACGGCACCGGAUUUAGGACUUUUGAAUCCGCCACCUUUUUGGCUAAGGGGGACAGUUUGGUGUUGAAAAACAUGACGAUAAAGAACACGGCAGGACCGGAGAACGAACAGGCGGUGGCUCUACUUUCGUAUUCGGACGCCUCAGCGUUUCACAGAUGCAGAAUUGAAGGGUUUCAAGACACUCUCUACGUCAGCGCUAGCCGUCAGUUUUUCAAGGAAUGUGAGAUCUACGGAACGGUGGACUUUAUAUUUGGCGAUGCAGCCGUCAUAUUUCAAGACUGUAAGAUAUUCGCACUGAGACCGCCCGGCGGAGUCAACACGAUAACGGCGCAGAGCCGGGACAGCAAGAAUCAGAGGGGUGGGAUCGUGAUACACAACUCGGAGGUGAAAGAAGCUCCGGGGGUAUGGCUCGGAGGCGUGAAAACCUAUCUCGGUCGUCCGUGGAGGCCGUACGCACGGACGGUGGUGAUGAAGACGCAACUUGGCCAAUUGGUCGAUCCCAAAGGAUGGCUCCAAUGGGACAAAAGUACGGACUUUCGCAGCAUGUAUUACGCGGAGUAUAGGAAUAGGGGUCCCGGUUCGGGUACAGAGAACCAGGUGGGUUUCACGUCAUAUCGGAUGAAAAGGAAGCUCGUCAGUUUACGGUAG